AUCGUUACAAGUUUCAGAAUAGAAAACUAAAGUUAGAAAUAAUUGAAAGAAGUGUGAAAAUUAUAGUGCCGACCAGUUCUUAUGCUGUAUGAAAUGAAAAAGUUAACUUAAACUGAGGACUUGUGCAAAAUUUAAUCCAGCGGCGUUGGUUUAUAAACUAAAAAUUUUAUUUAAAUAAGAAACAAACGGGUGCAGUCAAAAAGAAAAGAAAGGCUCGCGAAUCAAAACGCUUUUCAUUGAGAUUUAAGUACAUACGGUUUUUCUUUCCACACGGAUUAAAAACUGAGCUGUUCACAGAGAACAAUUAAAAAGUGUUUAUAAGAAAAAAAAUUUGAAAGAUUAAAAAUCCAUCGAACAUUUUACCAUAGGACCGGACUGGACCCUGAAGACAAGUUGAUCAAACAUCAGUUCAUCUGACAACAAUCGAUUGUAAUCUGUCCAGCUGAUAAAUUAUUGCUUGUAUGUAGGCGUACUUGAAAGCGACGACAGUUACAGUGACGGAAGAAGAAGCACUGCAAUCAAAAUAGCUCGAACCUUUUUGGAAAACAAGCGCAUCGCAGAACAACAACAAAUCAAUAAAAUCUAUUCAGUAUUUAAACGAAUCUGAACACUCUGAAUACACGACACACACACACACACAAGUGUGUGCGACAGAGAAAGAGAGAGAAACAACUUGAUAGAGCCGAACAAGAGAACAACUAACCGAAGAAGAAAAAGAAUAUAAGAUGAAUGAGCUAGACAGUCUGCGACAAGAAGCUGAAUCUCUCAAGAAUGCUAUCCGAGAUGCAAGAAAGGCUGCGUGCGACACGUCCCUUUUGCAGGCUGCUGCUUCGCUGGAACCUAUUGGACGUAUACAGAUGCGUACGAGACGCACACUGCGUGGACAUCUGGCCAAGAUUUAUGCCAUGCAUUGGGGUAAUGACUCGAGAAAUUUGGUAUCCGCAUCACAGGAUGGCAAACUGAUUGUUUGGGACUCGCAUACCACGAACAAAGUACACGCCAUACCGCUGCGCUCGUCGUGGGUCAUGACCUGUGCAUACGCUCCAUCCGGAAGCUACGUCGCCUGCGGCGGCCUUGACAACAUGUGUUCAAUCUAUAACCUUAAGACACGCGAAGGUAAUGUACGCGUCUCCCGCGAGCUGCCCGGCCAUGGUGGCUAUCUAUCAUGCUGUCGUUUCCUGGACGACAAUCAAAUAGUGACCAGCUCUGGUGAUAUGUCGUGCGGCCUGUGGGACAUCGAAACUGGCUUGCAAAUUAAUUCAUUUCUUGGCCAUACGGGAGAUGUGAUGGCACUUUCUCUGGCACCACAGUGUAAAACCUUUGUAUCCGGUGCAUGUGACGCGUCGGCCAAAUUGUGGGAUAUCAGAGAAUGUGUGUGCAAACAAACGUUUCCCGGUCACGAAUCCGAUAUCAAUGCAGUCACCUUCUUCCCCAACGGACAAGCCUUUGCGACAGGAUCGGACGAUGCAACCUGUCGCCUGUUCGACAUACGUGCCGAUCAAGAAUUGGCCAUGUACUCGCAUGACAACAUAAUUUGUGGCAUCACCUCCGUUGCGUUCUCGAAAAGCGGGCGCCUGUUAUUAGCGGGAUACGAUGACUUUAACUGCAAUGUUUGGGACACAAUGAAGGCAGAGCGCUCAGGCAUUCUUGCCGGCCACGAUAACCGUGUGUCAUGUUUGGGCGUCACUGAAAAUGGUAUGGCAGUAGCAACAGGAUCGUGGGACUCAUUUUUGCGUGUGUGGAACUAAGUUGGUGUCCACAAAAAGCGCAUGUUAAUGGGUGGGGCAGAAGGGGUCAACGUUGCAGUGACUGCAGCUGCAGCGACAGUAACAACAACCGUAGCAGCAGCAACAAAGCGACAUCGCAACAAAAGUAAAGUGUUGAUGUGUAGGAUGUCAAUGGUUCCUUGUUACCUGUUAUGCUGUUCAAGUAAAAAAUUAUUAAAAUAGCGACAGCAGCAGCGAAUUAUGAUGAAACAACUAAACUGCGUUGACCACAGCAACAUAGACCACAGCAAAAA